CUACAAUUCACAACCCCAUUAUUCUUUCUCCCAAAACCAAACCAAAGUUUCCUCCUUUUCUCUCUAUCUCUCUCCUCACUCUCUCUCUCUCUAGGCAACCAUGCCUAUUCUCACAGAGAGCUCAACAGCAGGAGCAGAGCACAUGAAAUGGAGAAGACCCAGAACCCAAUUCACCCAACCCAUUUCAGAAACGGAUCCAGCCACCUCCCUCCUCCAAUCCACCCGCUGUAAACCCACCAUCUCCUCCCUCCUCCUCUCCAGCUUCACCACCACCACAACCACCGACAACAACGAAGCCUUACCUUCAAGCCUUACGAUGAAGAAAAAGACAAACUUUCCCUCGUCGACGUUCCGAGGCCUGGGCUGCGCCGCAUCCGCCUCGCAGCAAGUCUCGGUGCCGGAGGUGAUUCGGAACUCCGCUGAUUGGAAGGGAAAGAAGGUGAAGAAGAAAAAGCAGAAGAAGAGCGCCGCCGCCAAGGGCAGCGCAAGCAAUGAGAAGAAUGAAUACAGGGAUGUCGGUGAUGGUGGGCCCACCUUCGGUAUAAAUUCUGCAACAUGUAUGGAUUUUCAGGAUGUUUGGUGCGGCCCCGGAAUUGGGUUAUCGGCGGAAACUGCCGGCUCGGUGGAUUGCGUGGUGGCGAGGAGGAAUGUCUCCGGCAGAGGCAGGAUUGCUGCGGACAAUAAUAAGAUGAGCAGCCACAGGGAGCGUCCUUGUUUAGCAAGGCGAAACGUGAGCCCGGAAACCCUCUCGUUUCUGGAUUCCGAACCGGAUUUUGUCUCGAGCCGCCGUGAAACGGAGGUGUUUGGAAGUAGGUGUUUUCGGCAUGUCCGGCAUCCAUCCCCCGAAGACCUUGCAGAGAUUAUGCUGUUUCAAAGUAGUCUUAUGAUGGGUGGAAGACUUGAUAGAUUUCGUGACUGGAGACUCGAUGUCGAUAGCAUGUCGUAUGAGCAACUGCUUGAGUUGGGUGAGAGAAUUGGUUACGUGAGUACUGGAUUAAAAGAAGAUGAAAUUAACCGCUGCCUUCGGAAGAUUAAGCUUCCAAUGUCAAGUGACGCGUCGCCACAUUCAUCUGGGAAAGGAGAUAGCAAAUGCAUCAUUUGUCAGGAGGAGUACGAAGCAGAUGACGAGAUGGGCAAGCUGCCCUGCGGACACAACUUCCACCUACAAUGUAUAAAACAGUGGCUUGCACAGAAGAAUACUUGCCCAUUUUGCAAGGUCGAAGCAUUAUCUAGAUGCUAGUGCCGGUGAACUCUCCGUAUCCCCGUUCGGUGGUGGCGUUUUUUGGUCGCUGUUAUUCCCGUCGUGUAUAGAUUUCGUCUCCUUCGAUACACGGGCAAGUAUUCAUUCUUUGGUUUGAAUUUGGAGUUUCAGUGUUAUGAAAUUGAACAGUGGUCAUUACAAUCUCAAAAUAUAGUUACACUCUGUUAAUGUGGCUUUUCCUGCCUUAUAUGACUUCAUCGAUUGCUUGAGUUUUCAAAUGAUGUUGCUGUUGAGUGAACACUUCUGUUUAUCCGAUUUGUCGGGUCGGGUCGAACGGAAUAUUUGACGGCGUAAAGCAUUUCCCAGAAGAAUGAUAAUCUGGGCAUUGGUUAUGUACAAUAAGAAUGGGAAGCUUCCUUUCAUGUUUGACGGGGAAGUUCGUGCUU